AUGAAACGGACAUGCUGCAUAACAUCAAGUUUUUUUGCGAUAAUAUUAUUUCUCAUAUUCAUAGUUAUACCAAUUGUUUUUCGAUAUUCGCCAUCACUUCAAAGAGGAAUGAUAUUUCUAAAUUAUGUUCGUAUGCCAUCUUCAGUUAAUUAUAGUCAUCCUGAAAAGUAUGGUAUCAGAGGAACUAGAAAUUUCCAUAUAAAAACAAAUGACAAUAUGACAUUGGGUGUCUGGCAUGUUUUACCACGAAAUCUGUUGGAAAAAUAUGAAAAUGAUAAUUCAACUUAUGAACAACUUUUAAGUCACGGUGAACCAAUCGUGAUAUAUAUGCAUGGCAACUCAGGAACCCGAGCGAACGAACACCGGGUUCAGUUGUACCAUGUGCUUCAAGAUAUCAACUGUCAUGUAAUAGCAGUAGAUUAUAGAAGUUAUGCUGAUUCUACGGACGUUGAAGUUAGUGAGCUUGGCGUGGUUACGGAUGCAAUGGAAAUGUUUAGAUGGGUGCAUAAGCGUGCUAAUGGCACCCCUAUCUUUGGCUGGGGUCAUUCUUUAGGAACUGGAAUUGGAGCACAUGCAUAUUCACUGCUGGAAAAAGAAGGUCUUUAUCCGAAUGGCCUCAUACUAGAAGCUCCAUUUACAAAAAUGAGUGACGAAAUACGCGAAUAUCCUCUUACCAAGAUUCAUCGACUGUUGCCUUGGUUUGAGUUUUUCAUCAUUGAACCAGUUGAGAAAAAUAACAUCAUUUUUGAUACCGAGACAAAUUUGAUGAAUACUAAAAUGCCAAUAUUGAUUUUACAUGCACGUGAUGAUAUUGUAAUACCUUACCAACUAGGGGAAAAGUUGUACAAACAUCUAUUGGAAUCUAGAAAAAAUGUUAUUACUGAAUUAGUGUUGUACGACAAACAUUUUAAGUAUGGACAUAAGCAUAUAUGUAAAGACAAAGAAUUAGGAAAUCGGACUAGGAAAUUUAUCAACGAGUCUAUAAACAAUGCAUCUCAAUAA